AUGGCAGCCAAAUUCCGCACCAUCAUCCUCACGGUCGCCCUCUUCGUGUCAGCCUUGACACUGUUGGACUGGACUCAUGAGAUGUGGAAAAUAUCGGAAAUCUUUUCCAGCCGCCCAGCUCGGUGGCAGCAGAUAGCGAGCGCGAAGCGCGAAGCCAACCUCGCCAAAAUCCCGCGGGAAUGGAUAUUAGAGCCUCAAGUGCUGGAAGACAGCAGGUCUCGUAACAGCAUCGUCGGUGAUUACAUGGACGGGUUGCUCGACCACAAGUCUCAAUACGUCACUGGCAUGGAUGUCCCUGAGCUUGUGGCUAGCAUGGGAAACGGGACGCUUUCAGCGGUGGAUGUGGUCAUGGCAUUCUGCAAGAGGGCCGCCUAUGCUCACCAAUUAAGCAAUCUCCUACUCGAGAUUAGAUUCGAUGAAGCCAUCAAACGGGCUCAGGAGCUCGACGAUUACUUCAGAGAACACAGACAGCUUGUUGGCCCUCUUCAUGGAGUCCCUCUCACUCUCAAGGACCAGUUUCACAUCAAGGGUCUAGAUACCUCCAUGGGUUUCAUUGGGUGGAUCGGUACUUUCGAGGGAGAAAUAGGUACGGGGAAGGACAGAAAUGUCGACAGCGAACUAGUCCGAGAAUUCCACACGCUCGGCGCAGUUCCUAUUGGAAAGUACGAUGUGAUAGACCACACUGAUGCAAAGCCUGUGGAAACCAACAACAACAUACUUGGAUAUGCGUUCAAUCCCUGCAAUCAGAACCUCUCAACGGGUGGCUCAUCAGGAGGUCUGGCAGAAACCGAUCUCUUUUGCGAGGGUGCCAUGCAGGCGUUGAGAGGAAGCGCAUUCGGAAUUGGUACCGAUAUCGGCGGCUCAGUGUCAAUGCCGGCUUCCUUUCAGGGCAUCUUCAGUAUCAAACCCUCAGCGGGGCGUAUCUCCUUUAAGGAUGCAGCAAACACUGUACGGCUAAAGUGUCCCUCUGGAUUGCCAAUCGCGCUGACGUUGCCUAACAAGGGUAAAGGACAGGAAGUGAUGCCGACGGUGGUUGGAGUCAUGGGUCGCUCAGUUGGUGCACUCCAAUUGAUACUCAAAUCUCUUCUUUCCCUGGAGCCGUGGCUCCACGACCCCUACACACUUCCGAUUCCCUGGAGGUCCGAAAUGGAGUAUAGGCCACGGAACGAACGAACCUACAAACCCGCCUUUGGAUUCUUGGCCAACGACGGUGUGAUCACGCCCCAUCCGCCCAUUUCGCGCGCUAUGGAGAUAGUGAAAGAGGCUCUGCAAAGUAAAGGACAUCAGUUGGUAGACUGGGAGUGGCCUCACCACAAGGAGACCAUCGAUAUCCAUUGUUCAAUCGCCCGAGGCGAUGGUUGUCAUGAUGUUUAUGACGCGGUCCACCUUUCGGGGGAGCCCUUCGUACCUGAGAUCAGAAACCUGUUCCCCAAUGGCAAACCAAGGGCUCCUUUGCCCCUUCCGGAGUACGAGGAGGUAGUGAGGCAAAUGAAAGACUAUCGGAAACGGUAUCUUGACUACUGGACAUCAACUGCAGAGCGAACCGGUGAUCGCCCCGUGGAGGCUCUCCUUUCCCCCGUGACGCCAUAUGCAGGUGUACUGCCAGGGAAAUUCUACCCCUCGACGUAUACCAGCGCUGUCAACGUACUGGAUUAUGCUUCUGUUGUUAUUCCGGUAACCUUUGCAGACAAGAGCAUAGACGUCGUCAGCCCCAGUUUCACGGCCCUAAACGAUGAGGAUCAGAUGAACAUGAAGUAUUAUGAUGCGGAGAAAUACCAUGGUGCCCCAGCAGCUGUGCAGCUUAUAGGGCGCAGAUUGGACGAAGAGAGAUUGCUAUCGCUGGCCCAGCUUGUAGUCGAAGCGUUGAACGACUACAAAUCAGGAUUUGGCGAGUAG